CUCGAACUCUUCCGUAGUCGUUAACAGUCGACGGAGAGAUGGAGAAAGUAAAGAUAGAAGAGAUUCAGUCCAUCGCGAAGAAACAACGGAUUGCUACUCACACUCACAUCAAGGGUCUUGGCCUCGAGGUCACGGAGCUUCUCCCUGAAGAAACUGAAAGAUACGGCAGCAUCAGUCAUGUUAUCAUUGGACUCAAGACUGUCAAAGGAACCAAACGACUUAAGUUGGAUCCCACUAUAUCCGAUGCCUUGAUUAAGGAGAAGGUAGCUGUGGGAGAUGUUAUAUACAUUGAAGCAAACAGUGGUGCUAUCAAGCGGGUUGGUAGAAGUGAUGCUUUUGCCACUGAAUUCGAUCUGGAAGCAGAAGAAUAUGUUCCACUUCCUAAAGGAGAGGUUGAGAAAAAGAAAGAGAUAGUGCAGAUGAAGGUGUUGCAGAUUAUAGCUAUUCGUACGCAAGUAGAAGAGCUAACAGUGGAUGAAGAAUGCUUGGUCCUACUUGGGGACAUUGGUCAAAGAACAUCCCUAAGGUUGAAGACUAAACUAGCAUUAUUACUUCUUUGCAAUCUUUUUUUUUCUCUGUCUAAACUUUUCUUUUGUGCUUUCGGUUUCAGGCACGCAGUUCAGCUUCUGUCUCCUGCCAGCAUCGUGGCGAAAAUGAAUGGACGUGACAAUGUUUGCCAGGCUGAUAUAGAGGAAGUAACAUCACUCUACCUUGACGCCAAAUCUUCAGCAAAACUUUUGCACGAGCAGCAAGAAAAAUACAUCUCAUGAGAAACAUACUAAUCCAAUGUUAUUGCUUCUCUUUAAGCGAUUAUUAUUAUAUAUAAAAAAAAGAAGAUUAUUAUUAUAUAAUAUCUUUGACAUGGAAAAAUCUAAAUUUAAU